GAGCUACCGGUUCGAUUCGCAGUUUUCAUCAUGGCCGGGUCUGAGCGGGUGGAGCUGAAGCCAAUCGCUCCAGCGGAAGUCAGCAAGCACAAUACCCCGGAAAGCUGUUGGGUCAUCCUCUAUGGUAAUGUGUACGACGUGACGGAGCUUCUGCCAACCCAUCCAGGAGGCUCUCAAGCGAUUCUGAGGCUCGCUGGGCGUGACGCUACGGAAGAUUACGAUCCGAUACACCCCCCUGGGACUUUGGAUAGCCUCAAACCUGAAGCGCUGCUCGGGCCAAUCAUCAUUGAACCAACCCAAAUCACCAAAGAGACACUACCCAUCACGCUAGAGGAGGACGCACCACCUUCUCUGGACUCUUUACUGAACCUUGACGAAAUCGAGGAACUCGCGACGAAGAAGAUCAAGCCAAAGUCAUGGGCCUACUACUAUGGGGCAAGCGAUGACCAGCUCACCAAAGCACUCAACACUCAAGCCUACCGCUCCAUCUUACUCCGCCCCAGGGUGUUCGUAGACUGUUCAAGAUGCGAUAUGAGCACGCAAAUCCUCGGAAAUCGCCUCAAAGUUCCUGUGUUCGUCUCACCGGCAGCUGCAGCACGUCUCGCCCACCCGUCAGGUGAAAGAGGAAUCGCAGCCGCGUGUGCAAAGCUCGGAGCUCUGUACAUCAUAUCCCAAAACGCGUCACUCACCCCCGAGGACAUCGUCCGCGAUGCACCAGACGACCAAGUCUUCGGCUGGCAGCUUUACGUGGAGAAAGAUAACGCGAAGAACGAGGCUAAUAUCGCCCGUAUCAGCAACCUCAAGUCUAUCAAGUUCAUCGUGCUGACUCUUGAUGCCCCAUUCCCUGGAAAACGCGAAAUCGACGAGCGGUUCAAGUAUCAGGAAGCCCCGGUGGUCAAUGGUUUUAGGCAGGAGCAGUACUGGGGCACUAGCUCUACACUCACGUGGAGGAAAACGCUGAGAUGGCUAGCGCGCCGGACGCACUUGCCGAUUGUACUCAAAGGUAUUCAGACUCAUGAGGAUGCGUUCAUUGCGUCGACGUUUGCACCUCGCGUGCGGGGAAUCCUGCUCUCGAACCAUGGCGGUAGAGCGCUGGACACGGCACCCCCGGCUGUGCAUACGCUUUUAGAGAUCCGGAAACAUUGUCCUGAGGUCUUCGGGAAGUUGGACGUUCUCGUCGACGGAGGUGUUAAGCGAGGGACCGAUGUCGUGAAAGCGCUCGCUUUGGGCGCUAAGGGUGUAGGUAUAGGAAGAGCGGCGUUAUGGGGGUUGGGUGCUGGAGGCCAGGAAGGCGUGGAAAGGACACUUCAAAUCCUUACGGAAGAGACGGGGACGGCGAUGAGGCUACUAGGUGUCGAGAAGGUCCAUAAUCUAGGUAUGGCUCAUGUAAAUACGAAGGCCUUAGAGUCCCAGAUAUACGACGGGCCGUUUGAGAGAUCGAAGGUACUGGACCAUAUCGAGGCGAAGCUUUAAGCCACCUUCACCUCAAGGCAUUUAUAUACGGCAAGUCUUCGCUUAAGAGAAGAGACACUGGCCUCAGUGACUUAGAGCAUGGUAAUGUCAUAUCACGUGUAAUAGAAUUUGAACCAAUUAUGUUGUGUUUUUGGUAAGUAGCGAGAAAGAAGGUGCUUUGCUUGGUGUUCGAGACGUUGGAGGUCGAAACCUCUAGCUACUCUUCGCCCCGUAAACUCAUGAGUCGGACUUGUUAUGGAGUAUCUUAGCUACGUGUUAUGAUGGUCAAGAUGCGCUUGCGCCUUAUGCCCUUUUAUUUAGUUCCGUUGAAGUGGUUCAAGUUCGCCGCAAAUGCAUAUGCUGAGGUC